GUAUAUGAUGAGCAGGUGUGUCUAUUUUAUUGGCUUAUGUAAAAUUUCAUCAAUUAUAUGUACUAUUAAUUUUUUAUGUCAUUUUGUAUGAUGUAUAUGCACAAGUGAUAAAGGAUAUGGAUGUGUUUGAACAACAGCCUUCUCCAAUGCACCCAAAGAAGGAUUUGGGUACCAGAAAAUGCUAGCAAGAGGGUGAUCAUAUCACCUUGGAGGAAGGUUCUUCGUUUCGGCAAGAGGGGGAAACUGAGUCCCCGUUUCAUCGGUUCCUAUCCUGUCACGGCAAGGGUGGGCCCUGUUGCUUAUCAGUUGGAACUACCUCCUGAGUUUAGUAGAAUCCAUAAUGUGUUCCAUGUCUCCAUGCUUCGUCAUUACGAAUCCGAUCCUACGCAUCGAAAACCUGAAGGGGCAGUCACCCUUGAUGAUAGCUUAAGUUUUGAGGAGAAACCCGUGCAGGUCCUAGCACGAGAGGUGAAGGAACUGAGAAAUCAAAGAGUGCCUUUGGUCAGGGUACUAUGGCGUAACCACACAGUAGAAGAAGCUAUUUGGGAGACCGAAGAAUCUAUGAGAGCGCAGUACCCAUAUCUUUUUAGUGCUGACAGUCCAGAUCUUGCUCUUCUGAAUCCGAUCACGCAAACAAAUCGUGAAAGGGAGUUAGAGACCCACUCCGUCCAGAAACGGCCACGGGAAGGAGUCAGUGAUGAUGAUUUCCUUCCCAAGAAGAAUAAGGGUGAUGGUACUUCUGUUUCGCCCAGCCCCCUAUCGACUUCUUCUGGCACUCAGAACACCACCUCUGCUGCUGCACCCGGUGGUUUAGAGCUACCCAACCCGGAAAGCUUGGACCAUGAGGCAGUUGAACUCCCAGACCAAGAACCACUCAAAAAACCAUCGGUGCAGCUUCAGCCUGAUGCAAGCAAUACCUUCCCAAAAACUGCAUCUGCUCCUCAAGACAUGGUGGAAGAAGUUGAGGGGCAGAGAGAACCGGAGUCUUCUCCCACAGCAGAGAAGGAGGUUGAAGUGCAAUCAGAACUGGAAGCUCUCUCUUCGGUGAAGGAAAAAGGUGCUGAGGCCCCUUCAGAGACGGAUAGAGCGACUGAGACACAGCGGGAAUCGGAGGAACAACGGGAACCGGAGGAACGGCGUCACGCCACCACCCGUGGCCUCACUUCCCUGCAGGCUUCCCACUGGACCAUCCAGGCCAAUCUGGAGAAGAUGAAGGAGUCCCUAAGGGAGCCCACAAUCCCUCAGGCUCGUCCUGACAUGCUCGCUCUCAAUGCUCUUUACUCCAUGGAGCAGUCGGUGACUUCUCCCUUGCCCAGGGAGGAGAAUCACUCUCAUCUUCCCCUACAGAGUAAAGUCGUCAUCGACUUAACCCUUUCCGGGACAUCUUCUUCUUCGGAUGAUGAUUUCUCCGUCUCUCCAGCUCAAUCCAACGACAUGGCUGGGUUGAGUCCUGGUGAGUUCUCAAGACUCUAUCCGGCACCUCGCCUUCCUGCACCAUCUCCUCCUAGUCCACCCAGGCUUCCGUCCGGGAGGAUAGACUGGGAUUCUAUGACCCUCCACGACUUCGCCUUGUACCAGAGGAUGUGCAGGGCUAAACUUGGACGCUCCUUGCCAAUUGUCGAGGCGGAACCUUCACGUGAAAGCCGAACUGCUUCUCCAAACUUGCUGAAGUCUGCCAACGAUGGUUCUUCAUUGAGGGCAGCAGCUCCCCGUCCUGGGACAUGGGAAGACUAUGACAUAUGGGAAACCGCUGAUUCCACAGCGUGUCCCUCGUCAAAGAGAAGGAGCCGAUGGAAGGGACCACCACCUCCUUCAUGUUGAGCAUGGAUGCAAUAGGCCCUCCUUUAGUGCCUAGCCCCCUGCAAAUCAAAUUUCUUUUCCUUG